UUUGGUGUAAGGCACCCUCUUUAGUAAGCUGGUUGAAGACAAAGACUAGUCCGCUUUCCUUCUCCACCUUUGAUCCUUUGAGUGAAAUUUAAAAAAAUUGCCUGAUCAGAACAGAGUUAUUUGGUUUCCCCCCUGCUGUGCUCGAAGUUACAUUCAUCUCUUUUUAUCAUUUGCAAUCUGACAUCCAAGACACUGGAGCAGCCAUGGGCUGCUUCUGUGCAGUGCCUGAGGAAUUUUAUUGUGAAGUUCUGCUUCUGGAUGAAUCCAAAUUAACCUUAACCACCCAGCACCAAGGGAUAAAGAAAUCAACGAAAGGGUCGGUUGUCCUGGGCUACGUAUUCCGGCAUUUAAACCUCAUUGAGAUAGAUUAUUUUGGACUGCGGUACUGUGACAGAAGUCACCAGACGUUCUGGCUGGAUCCUACAAAGACACUUGCAGAGCAUAAGGAACUGAUAAAUA